AUGGAAAGUCCAAACUAGAGCAGUAGUUUGCUCUAAAUCAGAAAUAAAAUACUGUUUAAUUACUUAGACUUUGUUUAUCAUUCAAUAAAGAUGAAUAAUUAUUUUACCCAUGCAAUAAUGAUAAUAGCUUCUUUCAGGAACUUUUCAUAUAUAUUUUAAAAUUAGAUGUACGCAUAUACUUAUGUCUUUUGCAUCAUUGCAAGACCUUAAAUUGUAUUAUCAUUAGACUAUAUUCAAUAUGUAAUUUUAGCUAUAUGUUUUAUAUACUUAAUAUCUUCUUAAGUGUAAUGCAUAUUUUCAAGAACGAUAAACAUUUUUGGCUAAUUACUAAAUUUAGGUUUAAUUAAUUUCUUUUUUGAAAUCUCAAGAGGUUCUAUGGAUUAUUUAUCAUAAAUUAUGCUGAUUUUCAUAAAUAUUUUUGAAUAGAUAUUUGCUUAAGGUACAUUGAAUUUUGACUCUCGUAGCAUUUUCAAUCCAACCAAAUCUAUAUUAAAUUAUAUUAUUGUCAUAGGAAACAUUGCUUUGAUGUAUUUGUCUAAAUAUAAUUUCAAUGUUAUUAUCAUUUAAUCAUUGGCAAUUUUCAAUUCAUUAAUAACUCUUCUGUAAUUAUUAUUAUAAUUUCCAAAAGGAAGUGUGAUUUUAAUAACAGUUUUAUUUAAUAUAUAAAUUAUGACAAUUUACUUAGGAUUAGUUGAAUUAAUACUAGGAACUCAUAACUAUAUAAGUGAUUUAAUAAUAUUUAUAUUUUUACAGAAGAUAAUUUUUAUGAAUUUUGAAAGAAUGGAGAAGUAAUUACCAAAAUCUUUGGAAGAUUUAAUUGUUAAUUUCUAUGAUUUAAAGAUUCUAAAAUCAAUAAAAAUCUCACUACCAACCCAUAAAGAAGAUCAAAUAUUAUAUGCUUCUUUAUUGGCACAUUAAUAAAAGUAUUAUGAAGGACUUAUGAUUAUGCAUUCUAUAAAAAAACUUAGUUGGUUGUCUUAAAUAAAAAAAGAAUUAAUGGUAAAGGAAUGGCUAUCACAUUUAGAUACUAAAUUAAAAAAUUAAAAUAAAGCAUAAAAGGGUUUAUCUGAAGCAGUAGAAUAAUUAAUGAAACUUGAAGAUUAUAAUGUAACACUCUAAACUAAAAUUGUUAAUUUAUUAAAAAAUAAAUGUCGCAUUCAAUAAAUUAUUUCAUAAAAAGAAAAGAUAUCUCUUUUCAAUCUUUUCUAAUAUAUUGAAUAAAUAAAUAUUGUUUAAAUUUAAUUGGAAAAGCAAUAUUCUGUAUUUCCAAAUUAAAAAACAUAAAAUGUAUUAUGCUUUUUGUAUUCAGAAAUUUUAAAUGAAUUUACCAAAGCGAAUUAACUUCAGCAAUAACUUAUAAAAAUUGAUGAUAAAUAAAAUUUUUCAGUAUUUACAAACAAAAUGGUGUAUUUGAUUUCUACUUAUAAUUAAGAAAUUUUAAUAAAAAGAGCAUCCAAUAAUGCUCCAAUGUUAUUCAAAAUGAAUCAUAAUAACUUGUUAUAAUAAAAUAUUAAUUUGAUUAUUCCUCCAGGAAUAAAGGAAUAACAUUAAAAAUUAGUUAAGAAAUUCUUAAUUAAUGGAGAGUCAAAAUAUAUGAGAAGAUUGGAUAUUAAUUACUAUUAUAAUUAUUCAAAAGGAACUUUACAUUAAAUUGAAUUUGCAAUAGAUGUAAGUUUUACAAGUGAGGAAAUCAAUUUUAUUACUUUUUUAUAACCAAUCUACGAUUAACCAUUAGUUAUGAUUUUAAAUUCAGAUAAAAUGAUUACUUCUACAACAGAUAGUAUAUUAACAGCUCUAAGCAUUAAUUCAAUCUCAUAUUUUUAAAAUUAAAUAAUAACUAAAUUUAUUCCUCUAUUUAAAAAACAUGAAUUAUAAGGAAUUUUUGAAAAUAUUGAUUUUGUUGUAGGUGUUGAUAAAGAUGAAGCUACAUCUAAUUCAAUAAGUACUUACUAAACAUCUUUAGAUAUAAUUCCAAAAAUAUUAAAUGGAGAGAUAUUAUUUUACACUAUAAAAUUUGAUUAUUUUAAAAAGUACGAAAACUCUGUAAAAUUUACUUAUACUGAAACAAAUAAUAGUAUGAUUUAAGGAGCAUUCUCAGUUUCUGAAAAUGUUUUUAUUGAUGAUCCUAAUGAUUCAAUUAAUGAAAACGAAUUAUUAGUGAUUUCCAAUUAAAAUGCUUUAUAAAAAUCUUAAAUUAAUGAACUUCUAAUAAUUGAUUCAACAAUUCAUUAAACAUAAUUAAAAGAUCAAUUAUAAUCAUCGAGGCCUCUCUUUUACUAAACCUAAAAUAAAAUCAAUUAUUCAGUUUCUGUUUCAAAUGAUGAUUAGAUUAAAUAAUAAUAACCAUAAAAAGAAUUUAGUAUAGCUGAAAGCAAAUAAAUAGAAUCAUCUAAAAUAUCAUCUUUAAAAGGUUUGAGACAAUCGAGUUAUUUUAAGAAAUACGAAAUAUUAUAAAAACUUUAAAAUAUUAAAGGGUUGACAAGACGUCACAACAUAUUUCUUUCAUUCACCUCUGUUUGCUUAUUAAUUUAAUUAUCUUUUGUCAUUGCUGUAAUUUUAUAUAUUAUAAUAGUAAUUUAGUUCAACAAAUAAUAGUUUGACCAACUUAAUUUUUGAUAUAGAUUUGCUUUAAAUUAAAAACUUUGCUUUUUAACCUUUUGAAUCAUUUUUAGUGACAAGAUGGACAAUUUUUAAUUAUAAUAAUUUAAAAGCAUCUGGUAAAAUUUCAUCAGAAACUUUUGAUUAAUUGAUUAUAUUUCCUAGAUCUAAUUUGCCUUUAGGUUUUGAUCGUUUGGAAGAAAAUGUUAAUUCUGUUUUAAAUAAAUUAUAAUUAUAAUAGUUUUUGGAAACUACAUAUUUAGAUAUUCAAUUAUAUGUUUCUUCAAAUACAGGAGAACAUUUUAAUGUUUCAUUAAGAAAUUGUAUAACAAUUAUGUUAAAUUAUCAAUAUAUUACUAAAAUGGCUUAUUAAUUAGAUGGAAAUGUAAUUGUUGAUUCUCCUCAUAUAUAUUAUUAGUAUAGAAAUUAUUAUAUUUUAAAAUCAGAAUUUGGACGUAUUAAUGAAGAUAUAUUAGAAGAUACAAUUAAUAGAUCAAAAAUAAUUUUAUCUAAAUUAGAAACUAUCUAUAUAUUGUCAUUAACUUUUCUUGUAACUUUUCUUUUGUGUAGUUAUUUUUUUUAUUCACGAAUAGAAUUGAGCCAUUCCAAUUUUAUAAAUUUACUAUUUUGUUGUCGUUAAGAGUAUUUUACAAAGGAUAUUUAGAGACUAUUGUCUUUAUAAACAAUUAUUAAUAGUGAUUACAAUAAUUUAUUUUAAUAUUAAUUUGACAUGUAUCGUAAAGAAUAAUAUUUUGAUGAAGUUAAAUUAAAGUUGGAAAAAAAGGAUCAUAAAAAAUUUAUUUUAGAGAAUAAUUCAUUUUUAAGUGUAACAAAUUAUUCUCAUCGAAUCUUUUUAUUAAUAAUAUUUAUAGCGAUAUUAACUUAAGCAAGUGUAUCAUAUGGUCAAGUAAAAGACUAUUUAGACAAAUACCCUGAGACAGCAAAAUUUUAUAAAGGUGUUUCUGAUAUUGGAACAGAUGUACCUUGUGUUUUUGCAUAAAGUAACAUUUUAUAUGGAAGAGCCUUUUUUCCAUAUUAUAAUGAGACUGAUAUUCAAUUAAUUUUUAAAGAAAUAACUUAAUCUUUGGCAGAAUUAUAAGCAUUUACAAUAAAUAAAAUAGAUUUUGAAUAGUAAAUAAUUCAUUAUUAAUUUUUAGAUAUUUUUUGUCUAAAUAGUUUGCUGAUUAUUAUAAUUAUCUAAUGGAUCAUAAUCUUUGUGAUUAAUUAUUAGAUGAUAUGAGAUAAAAAGCAUCCGCUAUUUGUCCUAUUGUAAUGAGUUAAGGCAUGUAAAGAGGAUUGCUUGGAAUACUUGUUUAUAUAGUUAAUUAUAUAUAAACUGAAAAAGAUAUAAAUUAAUUCACUAACCGAUUGCAAUUAAGUUAUUUGGAAUUAGAAGGAGCUUUUUUAGUUUCAGAAAUUGUCCGUAAACUUAAUAUAGAAAUUCAAUUAGAUUUAGAUUUACAAACCUAGAAAUUGGUAGAUUAAAUAACUGUAUUUAUCUUAUAAAAAUAUAGAUGCACAGCAUAAUUAUCAUAAUAGUUAUAUUCUUUUUUGUGAUGUUCUUAUCAAUAAUAAUUAGAAAAAGGCUAAUGUAUAGGUAAUACAUCAUUCAAAGAAUUUUAUAUCUAGUGCCAUUGUAAAUUAUGUUAUUUGAUGAUGGUUUUGAAAGAAACGCUAAAACUACAAUACUUAAAGAAACUUUUUGA